AGCAGCAGCCGAGUCCGUCGCGCUGCCUGCUCCACCGUUGAAGCCCAGGAAGAAAUCUGUCCCAAUUUUGAAUUACCCUAUUUGAAAGCUGUAGCAUCAGCCACCACCAUCCUUAAUGGAGAAGAAUCGUUUUACCAAUCAGAAUCUGUCCAAGGGACAGAUUUCUGAGACGAAGAAAAAUCAAGAUGUUUCUGUCAAGUGGCCCCGGCAGUCCAAACGUCGUGGUGAACAAUCGGAUAGCAGCAACAACAACAACAACCAUCGGAACGGUACCAACACCGGUAAAGUACCGAACGCGAACAAAAACCGUAAUCAAAGUAACUUCAACUACGAUGCUAGGCAACGGUCGCAACGACCGAUCCGUGCAUCGGAACAACUACCCACCGGGGAUGGCGAAUCCGGGUCAGGUUCGCUGGCUGAAGAGCAGUCGGCCGCUAGCGGAACCACCGGAUUAGCUGCACCAUCUAGACCGAACACGACGCCCACCAGCGUACGUGGUGAACUACAUUCGGUGUUUACACCUGGCUCGAAAAAGCAAAGUCUGAACCAUUUGCUGAACUAUCAUUACGCACCGCGUGAUCGCGACCAGCCGGUUCGGUUCACGCGCACGGGCAAUAUUCGCAAACUGACGAACCAAUCGAACGGUCGCUACAACAAGGAACAAUUCCUGCAAGCCAACUGCCAGUUUGUGGUACGCGCUGGGGAAGAUUAUGAAGGCCUGCUUGCCGCACCAGAUCAGCUGGUAGACUGGGGCAAGGUGGAGCAAAUCCAUGUGCUCAGUUCGGAGGAGCCACAGUGUCCGAUCUGUCUGUAUCCGCCAGUUGCGGCGAAGAUGACGAAAUGUGGCCAUGUGUACUGUUGGCCGUGCAUUCUCCACUAUCUGGCACUGUCGGACAAGACGUGGCGCAAGUGUCCCAUCUGUUACGAAGCGAUCCAUCUACCGGAUCUGAGAUCGGCCGUAUCGAAACCGUUCCACGCGUUCGGUACGGGCGAGUACGUUACGCUGCAAUUAAUGAGACGCGAGAAGGGUACCAUGAAGGUGGUGGAAGUGGGUGAUGAUAUGGAGGUGGGAGUGACCCGUCCAGUUGUCGUGGCCAUUCCACACUUUGAUGCUACCGUUGGAAAUAGCAUCCUAACCAAACUGCUGCUAACCGACACGGUGCAGAUGUUGAAAAUCAUGGAGCGCGAACAAACGGAGCUAGAAAAUCAGCUCGUGUCCGAUGGCGCCGAAGCACCGGAGAACAUGUUUGUGCAGCAGGCCCUAGACAUACUUGGUGAGAAGCGUUCCAAUUUGAUGGCCUCCAAAGCGAUAAUAUUUCCCGCUCCGGCGGAGAAAACUGUCCUUCGUGGAACUUCGGACGAAGGCGAACAAGCUGAGGUUCAAUCGGCAGACAGUCAUGAGGACACGCACGAUGGUACGAGUGAUGAAGCCUCGUCAUCCGAUUUCAUGAUCGACGAAGAGAGCAAUUUCACCGUCGGUGACAUUGACAUCGUCCCAACGGCACAAUGUGCUGGGCAGCAUUAUUAUUUCUAUCAAUCGCUCGAUGGACAACCGCUCUUUCUGCACUCCAUCAACAGCCGCAUGCUGCAGGCAAUGUACGGAAGUCUGGAUCGUAGUCCGCACCGCAUUACUGGCCGUGUGGUGCAGAAGGAUUCAUGCUCGAUGGAUGAGAAUUUGCGUCGCCGGUUGAAGUAUCUCGAGCAUCUGCCCGUCUGCACUCAGUUCGAUGUGGUUGAGUUGGAUUUUGGACCAACGGCAAACGGUAAUAAUGGGCUCGUAUCAGAGGAGGUAUUGAGUCUCUUUCACGAUGAGCUGAGCCUUCGUCAACGGACACGGCAGAAGCGUGCCAGAGCGGAACAGAAGCGUGAGAAGCAGAUUUUUGAGUUUAACGAGCGACAGCUGGGUAAAGCGAUGGCCCGAUCGGCCCGGAUUUCCAUCGAAUCGACUAAACAGUUUCCUUCGUGCGGAUUGUCCGAAUCUUUUCCCGAUGAUCCAACCCCGUUCGGAACUAGUCCGGUUGCUAGCGAUAUAUCGAGCUCUCCCGGUUCUAGUGGAUCUGUCGUGUCUUCUUGGUCUAAGAUGGUAUCGACUCAACCAUCCUCGAGUCAUCGUUGGCCUUCCUUAGGCGGUGGAGGAGCAUCGUCAUCCAUGGCUAGCGCUAACUCAGCUCCAGCACCAAAGCUGGUACAAGUAACUGGUAGCCGUAUGACGGUCACAACUUCACGCACUACCGGCGGUUGGCGUCAACCGGCCUCCUCCGACAUCGAUGAGGAUGAAACGGACGAAGAGCUUAUUGCGGCAAGAGCACCACGCUUCAACAACAAUCUUGGCCGUGCUAUUGAGGCAGCACUGGAAAGGAAGGUUUCCCAACCUAACCAUCAAUCAUCCACUACUACUGCUUCUGGUUCUGGUUCAGGACCCGGACAGGCAGCUGGGAAGCGUAAGAAAAAUAAGAAAACGCUUCUCUUUGCUUCUGGCAUGAAUUUGAACUGA